UUUACCUGUUACUGACUGUUUCCUUUUUGAGAUAUGCAUAGUUGAUUUUAAUGAAGGAAUCAGAUAAAAUAGUAAUUUUAAUUAAUUAAAGAUAAGCUCGGAUUUUUUGUGUCUGAUCGAAACUCUCAUUGUAGGAAUUUCAAUGUUUAGGAUGAAGAUUGUUUUGAAACAUGUGAUAAUGCUACUGCUAUUGCUUCAAUCUCUGAUGCAUACAGGACAAAGCAUCUCUAUACCUUUACCAGACAUGAUUGAAAGUGAUGUUUUCAGAAGGUUUCAAAAGGAAUUUCAUAGCAUCCUCAAUGAUGUUCCGUUUAAGGAGUAUGUAACUGAUAAAGAACCUGCUUUACCUUUCCAGUUGCUACAACCAGACAUCAGAAGAAAUAGAAGAUCGCCUGGUCCAAAAUUCUUAAUCCAAGGAUUGUCCAGGCCCUUCUGUGGAUUGUUCGGAAGUAAGGCUUGUUCUCCAUAUUCUGCAACAUUCACACAAAAUUGUGCUCAAGGCUAUAAAUAUGAUUAUUUUGCUCGGAGUUGUAGACCAGUUCAAAAUGGCAAAUAAAAGAAUUGCUUAUUCCUAAAUUUAAGAAAUUAUUGGAAAAUGUUGAAGAAUCUGGACCAGGACAUUCUUGGAAAAAUAACAGUUGUCUCAAAAAUCAACGCUGACUUAUAUCUGUAGACCCGUUCAAAAUGGCAAAUAAAAGAAUUGCUUAUUCCUAAAUUUAAGAAACACUUGGAAAAUGUUGAAGAACCUGGAUCAGGACAUUCUUGGAAAAAUAAGUUGUCUCAGAAAUCAACGCUGAAUCAUAUCUGUAGACCAGUUCAAAAUGAAAAAUAAAAGAAUAGUUUAUUCCAAAAUUUAAGAAACACUUGGAAAAUGUUGAAGAACCUGGAUCAGGACAUUCUUGGAAAAAUAAGUUGUCUCAGAAAUCAACGCUGAAUCAUAUCUGUAGACCAGUUCAAAAUGG